UAGGACUAGGAGAUUGUGUAAAGAGAACCUUGUUUUCGGAAAGAACAUGCAGGCAAGGGUAGCAUCUAGGAAGUUGGAAUCGAGAAGGCGAGAGGUCAAAGUACACGAACCAUCAAGGCCGGUCUAAAUUUCAUGUGUAAAUACGCGUUUGCCCUGUACGCAGUAUGUCUCAGCGGUUCGGCUCCCACACGAGUGACCAUUCAAUUUUCUUAGGGUGAACAGAGAUGUUGUAGGGAAUCACCAUGGGUGGUCCUGGUAAUUUGAUGAAAUUGAGGACAGUAUAAAUACUUCGGCUCUGCAUUUGUGGCUCCAAAAUUCAAAUUCUCUGUUAAGCUAGGGUUUACGGAGCUAGAAAUGGCGAGACGAGAUGAUGACUACAGAUUUCUUAAGAUUAGGGAUGCAACUGCUGCUAUCAACCAGAAAGUAAACCUGAUGGGAGUUGUGGUUGAGUUUAGUCUUCCCAAGAAGAGCAAAGGAACUGAUUGUUUCUGUAGGCUAAAGAUAGUAGAUGAAUCAUGUCAAGGUCCUGGGAUUUCAGUUAAUGUUUUUGCUGAAAACAUGGAGAAGCUGCCUCGUAUUGAAUCAGAUGGAGAUAUAAUUCAGUUUUUUCACGUUGUGGUAGCCCCUCCAAGCACUUCCUUUCGUAUUUUCUCCAUAAUUCUUCUGACUUCGAACAUUAGCAUUAGUUUAUUGGAUAACUAAUUUGCAAAUGAAUCCUACAUCUAAGUUUAGGCUGUUUAGCUCUCAUAAUUAAACGGAAGUAGAUGAGAGCCAGUUUUGAAUUUACAAAGACUAUUAGAUUUUUGCCAUUCAAUUGUUGGAAUUAAUUUCUUGAUAAAUAUUCUAUGAUUCUACUUAUGUCUUGAAA